AUGUCUCCCGAACAUCCGCACCCGCUGAUGAGAAACAGUUUCUUUCGUUUGAAGCGUUAUUAUGCAUCUCGUAUCCAGCUUUGGCUUCUUGAGGCAAUGGUCAGAAGCUCCAUAUCUCCAAGGACUUGGCUGUUAUUUGCAUCGUGUCGAUACAACGAUAUUCACAUGGCCGACAUAAUUUAUCAAUUGCAUCAUUACCAAGGAAUGGCCUCCUUCUUUCCUGUUCGUUGUGACUCUCGCUACGAUAUACGAAUCUUUGAAAAAUCGUUAACCGCUUAUCUGUCUAUCUAUCUAUUUCAGCCUGUAUAUAUUCUCUCUUUCUCUCACUCUCUCGCAACCUCUAUAUACCUCUUUCUCUCUGCUAUCUAUCGAUCGAUCGAUCGAUCUCAACCUGUAUAUAUUCUCUCACUCUUUCUCUCUCUAUCGGAACCUGUAUAUACCUUUUUCUUUCUCUCUCCUAUCUAUCAGUCUGUAUAUAUUCUUUCUUUCUUUCUUUCUUUCUUUCUUUCUUUCUUUCUUUCCCUCUCUCUAGCGCAUGUAUAUACCUCUUUCUUUCUCUCUCCUAUCUAUCUAUCUAUCUAUCUAUCUAUCUAUCUAUCUAUCUAUGUCUGUCCAGUCUGUAUAUAUAAUAUCUCUCUAUCUAUGAAACCCUGUAUAUACCUCUCUCUCUCUCUCUUUUUCUCUCCUUCUCUUUAUCUUUCUUUCGCCGCCUCUCUAUCUAUCUAUCUAUCUAUCUAUCUAUCUAUCUAUCUAUCUAUCUAUCUAUCUGAGCGUGUAUGUAGCAGAAUCAAAUAA